AUGCCAAAUUUAAAACGUUUAACUGUCAAAAUAUCGACAAUAGAUUUGAAUGGUCAACGAUGGGAACAGAUCAUUACUGAUCAAUUAAGUAAUCUUCGAAUCUUUCAAAUGGAAAUGGCUGGUCAAUUUUCUUUAGAUGAUAGUAUCGUAGAAAUGCGCGAACAAUUGAUUGAUUCAUUUCGAACUCCAUUCUGGAUUGAACAACGUCAAUGGUUUAUUCGAUGUCAUUGGGAAUCACUAAUUGAAUCUCGUAGUGUUUGGCUCUAUACUUUACCAUAUGCUUUUGAUGAUUUUGAUAUACAAAACAAACCAUCGAAAUCCACUUGUCCUCAUGAAAAUGAUUAUUGGUCUUACAAUCAUGUACGACAUUUAAUCUAUCAGUUUCCUAUGAUUGAAGAAUCAUCUACGCAUCAGAUUUGUUGUCCUAAUAUUGAUCGUCUGUCUCUCGAUCUUCCUGUCACUAAUUGUUUUUGGUCUCUCAUUCCUACGCUUAAUCGAGUGAUCUCAAUGAAGAUCUCAUUGAAACGAGAUAAUGAUAAAGUUCGAUCUCAGUUGCAAAGCAUGUUCGAUCAAACACCUCGCCUGUAUUCGUUGAGACUCGAUUUAUGGCGAAGUUCAAAAAUAAAAAUCAUCGAAAAUCUUAAUGUAUCAGUUCAUCAACUUAAGAUACGAGGAACCACUCCAUCGUUUGAUAUUCGAUGGUUUGAUGAUGAAGAGUGUACUUCACUAGGUCAUUCACCACUUGGAAUGCAAUGUCACAUGCUUCAUAUUCGAGUUGCACAUCGAGGAUGUAUUCUAAAACUUAUCAAUCUAAUGAUUAAUCUUCGAGUACUUUAUGUCAAAUGUCAAGACGACAAGCCAAAUGAAGUUAGUGAAAAUCUAUCGACGACAGAUGAUAUUGUGGAAUGGUUGAAAUAUAAUUUAUCAGCAAAGUGGAACGUUUCCAGACAUACAUUUUUCAAAGAUUGCAUCCAAAUUUGGAUAUGCUGA